AUGGAACAUUAUCGGGCGUGCAUUGCAGUGUUCCACCGUAUCGAAGAAACGGAACAGAGAGAAGUGAGGAAAGUUUGCAUAUGUGUUCCAGAAAACACCACCGACAGUACUACAGAUAAACGAAAUUUCCGGCUGGACGGCACUGAAGCAUCACUAUCAACAUUAAAUUUGUUCUUGGUGGUGAUGAUUAAUCACACGGUGACUGAAAGAACAAUCAACUUGGAACAAUUUGAAAGUCAGUGGAACAAUGUAACGGCGGAUGCUACUGGUGAUGAAUGCGGUCUUCUCGAAGCUCCGCCCCCGUCUAAUGAAGGAGAAUUUGUCAUGGAACUUGUGGGACUGCUUUGCAAUGUCCGUUCACAAUUGCGUGAUAACGAGCAGGUUCUACGUGCAGCAGUAUUCCACGCGUUAAUGAACUGGGAUGCGUACGACAAGGUUUAUAAGGCAUGCAUGGUUGUCAUUAUCGGGAUUGUUAUCUCCCUGGUUUGA